GUCCUGUAGUAGAAUGACAAAGGCCCUGUGCGCCUGCUAAUUUUGGAAAAGUGACACAUACAUCUAUGCAUGGGGUAACACUGACUCUAACAAAUAACCUGCUGUUAGUAUAUCGGCCGGAUGAAAAUCAGUAUGUGAUUAGACACGGUGCUCAAUAUGUGAUUUGACAAGGUUCCUUCGACAUGCCAUUACUUGUUCCGAUCCCAACCACGAAAAAAAACUUGAUUUUGACCAGUGGCCCCGCCCGGCAUCUGACUCUUCGCAAGGCUCUCACGGUUUCGGCUAGCUUUAUCGGCGUGCAACUGGUUCUCGAUGCUCUUGAGUACUGGUUGCUCAUCUACGCUCAAGAAAGAUACCGGAGGCGCUAUCCGAAUCUGAAGAAUACGAAAUGAGAACCAAGUUUGCUUCUAUCAGCCUGCUGCACCAUUGGAUCUGCAAUAGAUAAACCCGUGACCACUAUUUCGACAAGGGGUAUGCGAAGCAGAUUCAGUACAGCGGGUGUUAGCUCGGUGGCGGCGAAAGGGUGCAGUCGGUCUUGGAACUUGUAGCGACUCGUUGUCUGGUUACCGACUUCAUUCAAGGAAUCGCGCAGCGAGUUGUAUUUUUCAGCCAGGACCAACGGGAAGACUGUUGAUUUACCUUCGUGGCGGCCGCGCCGGAUGUGAGAUCGAAACAGCGACCGCGCAGAGACGCAGCAGAUCAAAAUAAUUGAUUUCUAACACAUUUCAUUAGAAGUGUACUGCCAGUUUUACGAAGCGUGCGCGAACACGACGUAUUACUGUGGGAGUUUGACAACAGAACGCUCAAAGUGUUUAGAAAGCUACGAGAGGAUACCUGGUUUCGCGUAACAGGAAUAGGAAUGCGAAGACGAACUCUUACUUACUUAGGCGGCUCUGCAUGCCACGCAUUGCGCUGUGAUGAGGAACUAGCUGCAGCAUAACCCCAAAAACAGUACAUUUUCUAGCAGUAAGAGGACGCGGCACCUAGAAUUUACGAGCACUGGAGUUUCCUGCACCUCAGGCGCACGGGGGGGAACGAAAAUUAUAGUUGUUGGCGGAGAUUUUUGAGUGCAGGAAGAGACCUUGAUGGGAGAACAAGUGGUCGUGCCACUGAUAGAGAGCGUGUUGGCCUCAGCGCUUAUGAGUAAGUACGCGACGGCCUCAGCGGCGCUAGUCGCAGUAGUCGCAAUUGCACUUGGUGCUUUGUGGCUUCUUCUAUCCGAGGGAGAUGACGAUGUCGUUGGCAGUUUUGUGCAACACCUCGAUCCAAAAUACUUCGUGGCGCCACAUAUACGGGACUCGAAGUCCAGAGAAAACGCUGACGCGGUGGACCUGUCUGUUGUGAUACCAGCAUUUAAUGAGAAGGUAUUACGUACAUUGAUUUAUAUUUAAGUAAAUUCAUGACUUCGCUUAUGAGGAACAGGAAGUAUGCAAAUGUAACGGCUAGUUGUAGUAGAAGGUAGGAAGUCCUCCUAAGUUUCUGGAUGCAGCUUGGUCGGCUUGUAUGAUAUUGUAGAUUUUAAGCAUACUAGCACAGUCGAAUAGUGUAAGAGCUGAAAAAGAUCGAUAAAAUCGUGGAUUUUUUUGACAUUUCGGUCUUACCAACUUUAACAAUAGGAGCGAAUAUCAAUUAUGCUUGAUGAGGCGCUGGGUUUUCUAAAGAAGCAGAAGGGGAGCUAUGAAGUCAUCUUGGUAGAUGAUGGUAGCGGAGAUACCACGGCGAAACUCGUGCUGGACAAAUAUGCAGACGAGAAAGUGAACGUUGUACGCCUCAAGAAGAACAUGGGCAAAGGCUUUGCCGUCAAGGUAAUAUAUUUAUAAUGUACGACUCGUAUGUUGUAUGUCGUCAUGCUCCUCCUUCGAGACACUUGUGUAUACCAAGCAGCUUCUUGGGACUAGUACAGUUACGUCCGAAAAUGUUCUUUCAGACUCAUUCUGGUGAAAAACACAAGAUCUAUGCAGCAAGCUCAAGUGCAUUCUUCAGGUAGGGAUGCUGUCUGCGGUAGGGAAGAGGCGGCUCAUGGUUGAUGCUGAUGGCGCAACAAAAUUCUCAGACUUGGCAGGACUUCAAGAAAAGAUCGAUAGCAACAAGUACCAAAUCGCGUUCGGGUCACGGCAUCAUCUGUCCAGCGAUGCCUCUGUGAAGCGGGCAUGGUAUUCGCGCUAUUAUUUUUCCAAGCUGCUGUAUUGUUCUUGGCGGUCUUUAGUGAAGACGACGAGGCCCGCGUGUUUCGAUAGCAGUGCGCAGCAAUGUGCAAGCUGCGCAAAUCCUGGGCAUUUUUGCGGGAAAGCCUGAGCGGAAGUAGCUGCUGCCGCCGGGGUUCUAUGAAUGCGAUAGGCCGGGGGUUCGUGCGGAGAAUUUCGGUUGCUGCGCUCGGAAAAAGGGCCGCAGGCUUGGGACCCAAAGGACGCCGUGGAGUGACGUGGCCGAUCGGGGGCCGUGCGUGGCGGGGGUGGCGUCAAUGGGUGGACCUGCUCGCGUCUUCGCGUUUGGUUCCCGAAGGAGCGCCAGCCGAUGCGCUCGCGCGGUAAGCGUGUCGCGCUGGUACCGACAGCCGAAGACAGCCGACGCGCAGCGCAACACGCAACGACAGCCGAAGGCAGUGGCCGAGAACCCACCCGACCGGAGGGAGCGCGAACGGCUGAGGGACAACCGCGGGCAGCGAUGGGCUUCGGCGUGGUGCCGUGUCUUCGCACGUGCGCCACACGAAGCAGAACAGAGUCGCGCCGCCGUCUAGAUGGCUAAGCAGGUCACAGCAGCAGCGGCACACAUUCGCCGGACAUACUGCCGGUGGACUGGAGCGCGCCGCACUUCUGAGGGAAAGCAACACCCCCCCAGGGGCGGCCGGUAGUCUAGUGGUGGCGCUAGCGCGUAGCAACGUGCUGGGCACGUACGUGCCCGGGCGGUUCUGCAGGAGUAGAGGCAGCUCUUUGCAGACGCGGGAGGCCUUGCGGCCGGACGGUGAUGGGCCAGCGACCUAGACCAGGCAGACGAGGGACGGAGCAAAAGCGGCGGGCGGCUGCGUGCGGUGAAGAGAUUGGCGCAGCCUGGGCCCUCUUUGCCAGCAUUUUCGAGGCUGCUGCCCUCUUGUCUUGUCUGAGUGCAAGCAAGACACUGAGACAAGCGCCGCCGCCGAAGCCUACACUUGCAGGGCGGGGGCUGACUGCAGUCGCUGUGGGUGUCGCUCGUGGUCGUGUUUUUCGCCUGGAGUGUUGUGGCGCCCCCCCUCUAAUUUCGUUGGCUUCAGCGGUAAAGGCCUAGUACAUUGAUUGGUCGCCUGGGCUGGAAGGCUCGGCCGGCGCAGCGGGCGCCGCCGGUUUUGCGGGGCCGUGGGUUUGUUCUCAAGGCCAAGAGCAAUACGGCCCACGGGGCCCGAGCUUUGGCGCGGGGGGCGUUGUUGGCGGAAAGAACAACGGCCCAGCCAAGUGGAAGACGCUCGCACGACGGCGCCCGCAGUGCGAGCGUGCGUAGCUGCUGGCCAUGCAGUAGCCAGGGAGGGCGGCGCCGCGCACUGCCUCCACCCGUGGCGCCUCAGGCGGACGCGGGCCCGCCUCUCUUUGGUUUUCUUGGUAUGCGUUGCUGUUCUUGUUGGCGUUUUGCUGGGUGGUCCAUGGAGGGCGGGAAGCUGCCGCGCUGGCGUUGUUAAGUCGUGGCAUCUUGAAAGUGGCGUGCCGCGCUUAGCGGCAGCGAAGCUCCUCUUUGGCGUCGGUGCUACCCUGCGUGCGGCCCUUUCGGAUGCGGUUUUGGAGGUCUGUGGCCGCUCUCGUGCAUGCCAUUCUAUAUCUUUAUUAUUUUCAGCCUCUGGCUCUGUCUACUGAUCGUGUUUACUUUUCGUUUAGUGUGCUAAAGUCUCGCGGUUGAUUACUGUAAAUCCUGGCCAGGUACCGAAAUGUCUUCAUGUGGGGCCUGCAUUUGCUUGUGCGGAUAUUGAUAACGAGCAAUGGGCAGCCAAUACAAGACACACAGUGUGGCUUCAAGCUUUUCACAGAGGAUGCAGCCGAGAAAUUAUUUGGAAGUCUCCACAUCAGAAGAUGGGCUUUCGACCUUGAGCUUGUGGUAUUUGGGUGGUAGAGGUUUUUGUAAUGUGCUCCCGUAUUUAAAAGUAGCAUUCUUCAUUCAACAAUUGAUCGCUGAAAUAUGUUGAUAGAUAUGCACAAGGAGUUUUUUUUGCAAUCGUAGCAAUCACUAGUUCCAAAAAACUUAAGAACCUAAAAUGAUCUGCUAGGUCCUAGCGCAGCGAUACUCGCUCUCAAUAGCAGAGGUACCGGUGAACUGGCAUGAAGUCGCUGGUUCAAAGCUGAGCCUGAUUCCGGCUACGCUCUCGAUGCUCAAAGAUAUGGUUCGUAUUCGUCUUAGUUAUCUCACUGGGGUAUGGACAACGGCGAGUAUCAAGGGAUGAAUCACGAAAGAUUUUGGCACUUUUGAAAACCCCCUUCCAUCAGGACAGAACAAACUCUACUCCCCUCAAGAGUGAAUUGCUUUUUAUCCCGAAUUGAAAUCGCAACCUACAGCAAUUAAGAGCAUGCGAUUUUUUCAUCGACUUCAAUAAUUAAAGAUCAAGCUGCAAAUACAAAAGCAAAGUAAAAACAAAGAGUUUGCAAGGCCGCGACCAAAUUCUGGUGAAAUUCAAAUAGUGUUUGGUUGUAC